AUGCCAGAAACAGUACGAACAGCCUUCGCAGACGAACCCCGUCCCCUCCUCUCCUACGGUAUUCCCUUCCCCUCCGCCGCAGCCCGCCAUGUCCCCGGUCUCUUCAAUGCCUCGCGCGUCUACAUCAUCUGCUCAGGGUCAUUGGCUCGCAACACAGACUCCCUAGAGAAAUUGAAGAGUACCCUAGGCGAGGAUAAGGUUGUUGGUGUGCGAAUCGGGAUGAAGAGCCACACGCUGUGGUCAGAGGUAUUUGAGAUCGUGCAAGAUGCGAAACGAGUCGGCGCGGAUCUACUGCUCACAUUGGGAGCGGGGAGUUUAACGGAUGGUGCUAAGAUUAUAGCAUUGGCCCUCGCAAACAACAUCCAAAAAGCCUCCGACCUCCUCAACCUAACCGCAACCAGCCCUAACAAAAGCUCCAUCCACCCACCCACAGUCCCCAUAGUCUCAAUCCCAACCUCCCUCUCCGCAGGCGAAUACUCCAACUUCGCCGGCGGCACUGACGACAUCACACCGGGCAGCAACAGAAAACACUCCUUCAGCUACCCAACACAAGGACCGCAGCUGAUUAUCCUCGACCCGGAACUUACAUCUACAACGCCGGAUUCGAUCUGGUUGAGUACGGGUAUUCGUGCUGUGGAUCACUGCGUUGAGACGUUGUGCGCUUUGCGCGGUGAGAAUGGGACGGAUACGUUGGAUGCGAUGGCGAGACAUGCGCUUGGUUUGCUGGUGCCGGGGUUGGUGAAGUGUAAGCGUGACGCGAAAGAUCUGGACGCGAGAUUGCAGUGUCAGCUGGGGUCUGUGGAUGCCAUGGCUGCUUGUGCGAGUGGGAGUAUUCAGUUGGGUGCUAGCCAUGGAAUUGGACAUCAGCUUGGGCCGUUGGGUGUUGGGCAUGGAGAAACAAGCUGUAUACUUUUACCAGCUGUGUGUAAAUUCAAUGCCGCGCAUAACGCCAACAAUGACCGCCAGGAUCUUGUGCGGCAGUUCCUCCUUCAUGACGAUAUUGUCAAGGACGUGCUGAGCCGUCGUGGUGUUGAUGAGGACAAGGCUGGUUUGGGCGAUGUGUUGGAUGCUAUCAUUCGGGGACUGGGACUGCCUCGGAGCUUGAAGGAUGUCGGGGUUGGACGGGAGCAGUUGGAUGGGUUGGCGGAGAACAGUCUACACGACCGGUGGUGUGUGUCCAACCCCGUGCCGUUGAAGGAGAAGGGGCAGGUAUUGGAAAUUUUGGAAAAGGUUGUAUAGCUAUAGUGAAGUUUAUUUGGACAUAUUCGGUACAGUACAGGGCAGAGACUAGCUAUCCUUGUACAGCUUGUAUAGCACCUAAUUAUGCUCAUACUCCUCAAUCAUAAGCAUCUGUCUAUACGCCCGUUCAGCAACACCCCUAGCCCUGGCCUUCUGCACAAACCGCUUAUCCGACAUGACAAACCCAAACAGUCUCAUCCACUCCCUCCAACGCCCC